AUGAAGGUGGACAAAGUCGUCUCAGUUUCUGACACCACCAACUUCAGCUUGAGCACUGCCACCACUAUCCCGUGCCCGGUUAACUGGAUUUUCACCCAUCGCUUCCUGCCAGCUGUAUACCUCAUCGUGUCCCUGCUUGGGCUGCUGGGGAAUGGGCUGGGCCUGUGGAAUCUCUGUGCUGGGUCCCGGAGGAACAGCUGGAACACCCUCAGCGUGCUGAUGUGCAACCUAGGGGUGGCAGACUUACUCUAUGUUAUCACGUUGCCUUUCCUGGUGACCUACUAUCUCCAGAGGGGCGUGUGGCUCUUUGGGAAAGGCUGGUGCAGGCUGAUGUGGGCCCUCUUCUACCUCAACCUCUAUGCCAGCAUUGGCUUCCUGACCUGCAUCAGCAUCCACCGCUACCUGGGCAUUGUGUACCCACUGAAGAUGCUGGGUAGGUGCCAGACUCUGGGCCCCCCCUUCUUCAUCAGUGCCAUGGUCUGGGCAUGGGUCAUCAUCCAGGUGUCUCCUGAUUUUGGCUUCAGCAAAACAGAUAGCACUAGUACACAGUGUCAUGAUAUGACAGGACAUGAGAACCUGCGCACCUAUCGGCCCUACAUCCUGGCUGCAACUAUGACUGGCUUUGUCAUCCCCUUCCUCAUAAUCAUUGGCUGCUACUGCCAUGUGGUGGUGGUCCUAUGGAGGAAUGAAAACGUGGACCCAAACCUCAAGAGAAGUAGUAUCAAACUGGUAGUGUUAGUGAUGGUCCUGUUUGUCUGCUUCCUCCCAUAUCACAUCUUCCGGAACCUUAGCUUGCUGUCCCGAAGCUGGCAACUCCAAAGGUCCUGCACCCAGACUUCAAAAAACAUCUAUGUCUCCUAUCAGGUGACCCGGGGCCUGGCCAGCUUCAACAGUGCCCUGAACCCUCUGCUGUACCUAAUGACCAGUGAGGAGUGUGUGUCAUGUAUGAGGACCAUCAGUCAAAGGGCUGGCCAGUCUCUUGGGUCUCUCUGGGACAGGAGAACCCAGUGGCAAUCAGAUCAGAAGAAAACGAGCAUCAUUCUCUGUGAAGAAUUUGAAGAGGCAUGUGAUGAACCCUGA